CCUUGACUGAGGAGUGCCUCAAGUUUUUCGAGUAACGAGCCGUCGCUUGGUCAAUUUUUUGCUUGGUGUUGCAAGCCGAAAUUUUAGUUGAGAGCAACCUUCCGCUACGCAACCACUUUUUUUGUGUUAAAUCAAGUUGGAUGUUGAGCCGCUCUGUUAUUUGUCCAUUUGUGUUUCCACUCGCAGAAAAGAUACAGCUGGUUGACGGCUGGAGUGGAUGUUCCGGUCGGUUGGAGGUCUUCCACGACGGCGUGUGGGGGACUGUGUGCGACGAUGAGUGGGUACUGACCGCCGCCGAUGUGGUGUGCCGACAGCUAGGCUGUGGUCAUGCCGUGUCGGCCCCCUCCAGCGCGCACUUCGGGUGGGGUAGUGGCCCAAUAUGGCUGGACAACGUGGUCUGCGAAGGUCAGGAGUUGGCCAUCACACACUGCACUCAUCAGGGUUUCGGGGAAAAUAACUGUGGACACUCUGAGGACACUGGAGUCAUCUGUUUGGGCGCUCUGGAGAAGCCUCAGAUCACAGUGAGUCCAUCCGCGGUGGUCAACUGGGGUGACAAUGUGGAGUUCACCUGCACCAUCCUGACUGAGCACAUAGGCGGCACCUUCUUGCUGAAAAGGUUACAGGGGUCAUUGAAGCUCCACAAGUAUAGCGAAAGUGAGGGGGCCACCUUCAGCAUGCCAAGAGUAAACUUCAGCCACCAGGGCUCGUACUUCUGCGAGUACCAGAAGAAAGUGGAGGGUAACAUAAUCUACUAUCCUCAAGGAGAUCCCAUGGAACUAAUCAUCAAAGUGUCGCUGGAGAAGCCGCUCAUAUCCAUGACCACCUUCCAAGUGAUGGUGAUCUACACCCCUCGAGAGGUGUCAGUCACACGAGGCAGCAGCUUCUCCAUCACAUGCUCCGUCCAUUCCCUGUACGCUCACGGCAUGUUCUAUCUGAAGAACACCAACACCAACGCCACCACUUCCAAGGCACCGUUCAGACACAUCGUUUUUUACGUGGCCUUGUUCGAAUUCCCCAACAUUGAGGACAAAGACCAAGGAGCUUACAUCUGUCACUACGCCGUUAACAUCUCCUCCAAGGCUUUUUGGUCCACACCCUCUACGUCUCUAUAUAUCAACGUUGUCUCUGCAUCUUCUUCGUCAGUGGUCUCAGGACUUGUGAGUGGGUUGGUGCUCCUGCUGCUAAUUGUCAUUGUGGGUUAUCUGGUCUGGAGAAGACAAAGGCAGCAUGCUGGUACCUUGAUUCAGUUCAGCAACCGAUUUGGAGGAGCCACGAAAGCUUACUCAGAAGACACGGGCAACGGAGGGCUUGAGGACGGGGAUAGCAGCACACCCGCCAACGAGGGAGGUGCUCAAAGCCUCCCGACGGACAAGACUGCUGAGGUGGACUCUGAGAACUCCGUGGAGACGGUCCCUGAGGACCUGGCCGGCCGAGUGUGUUAUGAGCUGGAACCACUCGUUUACUCCUGAUGUUGUGUCUUUAAACAUGCCACACUUUACACUACAAAAUAUAUUAACAACGAUAUCUUUCCUCAGCUUUGUACACUGUCUUAAUAUUGCUGGAUUGGUAAAAAUUAAAUAUUAAAUUUUAUUCUUAUUUUAUAAAUAAUACAUUAUGCCUUAAUUGCUUUUUAGUAACCCAGUGCUGCAGCAGGAUUGGAUCAGAUUUCUGGUCACGUCACAGAGGUCACUUGUUGCUAGGCGGAUUUCAUGAAGUGUGACAAGUUUAUUCUGACACAAUUUGGCAAUUGAAUCCGUACUAUUAAACAUAAAGUACGUAUUGGAAAGAAAGCUUUUUAAAAUCAAAUUUAACACCAUAUUUACCUCAGAUAUGCCAAUUAUCAUAAAAUGCAUGAGUGCAAAUAAAAGCCUCCUCUCUACUAAACACAUCACCUAAAGUAAACACCCUCAAUCUCUCUGGAGUCAGGUAAGAUUAAAUGCCUUUGCACAAAUAAAUGUGUUACAUAAUAUUAAACAUGUUGCCUUUGAUGAAUUCCUUCUCUCUAAUAAUUACAAUAAAUGGUUCAUGCUCCGAUGUAAUUUUUAUGAAAACUAUCAAAUGAAUUUGUACAAAUACAAGGCCGUCUCCCUUAUAAAUGUUACAUUUAUCAAACAUGCAUACUCUCUAAAGUAAUAUUACAUAUUACUGUAAAUGCAUUUAUGGAAAAUAUGAAACACCUUGCCCCUUAAAAACACCUCCUCUCUAACAAACUCACAAACUUUAAUAAAUGGCUCACUAAAAUGUAUUUGUAAAAAUUAAAGCCCUCUAUAAAUGCCUUUAUUAAACAUGACAUACUCUAAAGUACCGUAAUUUGUCGUGUAUAAUGUGCACCCAUGUAUAAUACGCACCCCCAAAAUUGACCUCGAAAAUUCUGGAAAACCCUUCAUUAUGUGUAAUGCAUUUUUACAAUGCAUGAUUUUGCUUCUUCCCAUAUGAUCAAAACAUAAAGUAUUAUCUGUAUUUUGUUAGGUUUUUUUAAAAUAAUUAUUCUGAAGUUAAGCACUUUAUUUGAACAAGUAAUACUUUAUUUUUAUUUACUUGCUCUUAUUUUCAAGGUUCACAGCCCUACUUUUAUUUAGUAAAUGAGGAAACACACAGUUGUAGCAGAAUUUGUAAGAUGUGUACAAUUCUUUAAAAAAAACAUGAAGGGCGAGGCGAAACACAUUUAAUUUUAUUUUAAUGGGAUUCAAAUUAAACGGUCAAGCAUUUCAGAAAAGCAUUAUCAUUAAACAAAACAUAACCAUAAAUAAAUUAAUGAUGGUUGUUGUUCAGUCAUCAUUCAUAUUUAAAAACAAAAAAUUAAUUAAAAAAAUCACAAAUUCUGCCAGAGUAUGUAAACUUAUGAGCACAACUGUAUAUACAUGCAGUCAUACGUACCCUUGUCAUAUUGGAAUGAAAGUGUAGGCUACAUCUUUUUCAUAACCACAAGGUGCCGGUGGCAUAUUAGACACCUAAUAUGUACACCUUUCUCAUAACCUCGAGGGGGUGGUGGCAUUUUGGAAUGAAAGUGUACAGCUUUUUCAUAACCUCUAGAUGGCGGCAUGCUUUUAUAAAAUGGGAAAAAAAAAUUCCAUUUCCCCUUAUACCUAUGAACAAUGCGCACUAUUGAGUUUUGACAAUUUUUUGGGGGGUAAAUAUGCGCAUUAUACAUGAGAAAUUACAGUAAAUUAAUACUAAUAUAAAGGGCAUUUGAACAAAUAAAUUACUCCUUGUUAAUAAAUGCCUUGCCUCUAAUCAGCAUCUCAUGCUCUCAGUCGUAAAUACAGUAAAUCCCCUUUCCUCAAUUUGAGGACGUGGGCUGCUUAUAAUACAGUAACUCUUGUGUUAUUUUUUCAACUAUGACUUCAUUGGCUUGAAGUAGUAAAAGCCCCCCGACCCCCACCCUCCACCCAGGAAUAUUUUCCCCUCAUUUUUAGUGCUGGAAUUUUUUUUGUUUUAUUAUGAUUAGCUAUGUUUAUAAAUGCCCACAACAAUAAAACUUUAUUUCUU